CAUUUAAUUUAUUUAUUUUUGUAAUAGAUUAGAUUGGUCUCAGAGUGCAAGGACAUAGGGAGCUUCAACUCUUAGAUAGAGGUAUKGUUUUUAUCAUAGACCAGGACUAAGUUUAGCUGACCAGCAAUGUAAUAAGUACAAGUCAGACUGUUACAGGUAGGGUAUGGAAACAUUUUGAUGCAAUUGUUUAUAUCUACACAAACAUAUUUUCUGUAUUGGCAUUUGGCAGGCCAUUGUACUGUAGACGAGGGGUGGCGAGACGGUGACACGCCCCUGCCCUGGUGGUGUGGKACGUUCUGACGCUUUUCCACGUCGCAGUUCUCGUUGUCCCCAAUGGUAAGCGGUUGCGUGUACGACUCGAGCAAGGCCGGAGAAAGAUGGCGGCGCCCGUCCUGAGAGUGUCCACCCCUCGAUGGGAAAGAAUAGCCAGGCUCCUUGUUUGCGUCUUGGGUAUAUUGUUGUCCUUAUACGCCUUUCACGUGGAAACGGAAAAGUCUAGAGACUCGAAUUAUCGGGCCAUGUGCGACGUGAGCAAUUCUAUCAGCUGUUCAAAAGUCUUCACCUCCAGGUGGGGUCGAGGAUUUGGACUGUUGGGCUCGAUCUUCGGAAACGACAGUGCAAUGAACCAGCCAAACAGUGUCUACGGAAUUGUAUUUUAUGUCUUUCAACUGUUACUAGGAAUCACCGUGAGUGCGAUGGCUGCCCUGAUCCUCAUGGCGACGUCCAUCCUAUCGGUGAUGGGCUCUCUCUACCUGGGCUACAUCCUCUACUUUGUCCUCGAGGACUUCUGCAUUAUCUGCAUCACCACAUAUGCACUUAGCUUCAUUCUCUUUAUGCUCAACUACAAGCGCCUGGUUUACUUGAACGAGGCCUGGAAGCGGCAGCUACCGGUCAAACAGGACUAAGAUGGGGCGGGGGGUGGGGG